GCUUCUUCGAGUACCUGUUUAUUGAACGCGUGUGAUUAACCAACAGCCCAAAAGAGAACAUCUCCUUUUCUUUCUCUUCCUCCAUUCUUCGCCAAGGCUCAGCAAACACAUCACACACCAUACCACUCCACACAACAACACACCACACAAAGAUAAACCACAAGAACAGCUCAAGGCAUGCUCGCAGCACACAAUCAAGAAAACAUAACCUUCAAUCGCCAACAUGCUGCUGCCGUCAAGCAGCAGCAGGGCCAGGCAACCCGUCCGCUUGGCGCGAAGACCCCCGGUGCCAAAUUCUCUAAGACGCCCAUGAAGGUGCCCCUAAAUGACGAGAACGGUGCCAAUGCCAUGACCUCAAAGGCCCUAAAGGGUGGCGACAAGUCCGCUUUUGCGACGCCCAUGACACAACGUGCACGAGCUGUCCUCGGCGAUAAGACUACAAACGCGAAAGCCAAGGGCAUGCAGACUGUCAACGUCAAGAGCGCUGUUAACGAGAUCGAAAAGUCACAAGUCAGGCUUCAGAACACGGUCCGACAACGACAGAGAGAGCCCCAGGCGGAGACCCGCAAGCUACAGGUUCAUGCAGAGGAGCCCGAUAUCUUCAGUGACGACGAGGUCGAGUAUUGCCCUCCGAGACCGAAGGAUCUUCCCUACGAAUCAGACGUUUUCCCUGACGGUGUCCUGACCUUCGAUGCACUCAAGCCAGAGAACAUGAUGAAAGGCUAUUACCGAUAUUACUUUAACCCUGUUGACGAGAAUGGGAUCUCCAAGCGCGACAGGGAGCUUGCACAAGAGACCAAGAAAGCCAUACGGGAAGGAGAGAUGAAGAUCAAGGCAGAUUUGGAGACCUUCGACUGGAGUAUCAAGGCUGAGCUUGAUGCCGACACUGAUCCAGUCAAGAAACCCGUUGCCAAGAAGCUGCCCGCGCCCCGAAAGCCGCUGUCCACCAUUCGAUCUAGGAACGCCGCCAACGCCCUGUCGUUGGACGAUACGACGAUGUCGAUGCAGAGGAAGGCAGUCAAGAGACCCGAACCUAUGAAGCCAAUGCACAAAAAGUCGUCCUCAUUCGUCAUACCAGCACUAAGAACUAAUCGACCAGGCAGCUCACAGCUCCCAACAGUGCCCAAGAAGUCUCCUACCGAAUUUGACGCUACUUCACGUACGACAAUUGGGUACAACAAGGGCCGAGCCACCGCAUCGCUGCUAACCAAGACAACUACCUCGGCCCAGCCCAAGAGAAACACAGCUGCGCCGCUGUCCACAACAAUUCGAGGCAUACCUCGCUCCAACACCACGCUUUCAAACGACUCGGACAAAACCAUCACGCCCGCCCGCUACGCACAGAGACAAGCCACAGCCGCCAGCGCCGCGGCCGAGGACUACGCGCUGCGGGAGCGCGUUCCCUUCCUGUCCAUCUUCAACCCCAAUAUCUCCGAGGAUGAGGAUGAAGAGAGCGACCCCCUAGGCAUCAACAGUCGACCGUCGGCAUUCCUAGACGAAGACGAAGACGAGGAGUUCGAGCUCAAGCUCGACGAUUAAUAGCGCAACAAAAAAACGAUGCUUCAUUUUUUUUUUCAAUGUCUCUCCUUAUUUCUACAACCACGUGUUAUUAUGACUACGGAGCUCGAUGGAUUUGGCGUUAUUCCCAGUCGAACGGAGAAAUCUCCGUCUAGUAUCUGAUAGACCCCAGUGGCGCU